AUGAGCGACAGUGCAGCCGCCGAAACGGCUCCUCCAGCCUCCGCCAGCACCAAACCCAAGGCUCCCAAGAAGAAGAAGGCGGCGGCCCCCAGGAAAAAGCCAGCCGGUCCCGGGUUGGGCGAGCGGAUUGUGAAGAUUGUCGGGGAGAACAGCGAUCGGAAGGGGACGUCUCUGGCCGCUAUAAAGAAGGCGCUGCAGAGAAGCGGGAUCAAUGUGGAGAAGCAGAAUGCACAGAUCAGGAUGGCUACCAAGAGGUGCCUGGCGAAAGGCUCCCUGGUUCUGGUGAAGGGCCAGGGCGUCUCCGGCUCCUUCAAACUCGCAAAGAAUCAGGUCAAGGCAAAAGUGGGAAAGAAGGCGAGACCCGCAGCAGCCGCCAAGAAAGCAGCCGUGAAGAAAACAACGGCCAAGAAGGUAGCAGCGAAGAAAUCCCCAGCCAAGAAAGCAACAGGAAAGAAAGCGGCCGCCAAGAAGGCAGCAACGCCAAAGAAAGCGGCGAAGAAAGCAGCGCCUCAGAAAAAGACUCCCGUGAAGAAGGUGAAAAAGACCAAGAGCCCCAAGGCCUCAAAACCGGCUCCGAAAUCGGCAAAAUACUUGAAACCAGUUGAUGCAAUAUUUCCUUGGUACAAAGCCGAGUGUGUGCAGUUGCUUCCAACUAACAGCAGGCACGUUCCUGUGAUCAGAAUGGAGAAUAUCUUUCCCAUAGUCAGAGCGGAUUGAAUCAGACUUACAUUGAGCUCAAUUUCCGGAGACUUGACCAAGGAAACAACCACCCAAUCCCAACUGAGAAAAGGAUUGAAACACUGAAAAACUGCAGCUCCAUGAGUUUGCUCAAUAUUUCUUCCAUGGAGGGAGUGUGAAUACCUUUUCCACAGGAGGAGAGAGACGGAGAGAUAUUUGAGAUUGAGAAACAGCAGUAGUGAUGGGUUCUGUCAUUAGGGAAAAUGAUUAACACUGAAGCAGCAUUGCAGGGGAGAAAGGAAUCGGAUGAUCUGGUUGUUCCAUGUGGGAUCUUGCUCUGUGUCAUUUGCUACCGUGCCAUCUUAGUAAGCAGUGAGUCUUCUAAUCAGAGAACUCAUUUGUUUUGUAAAUUUUUCAAAAGGAUCUGGUCUGAAAACCCAACUUCCCGCUGACAUGUUUAAUAUUUCAAUGUUGCUGAGAGAGGAAAUCCCUGGGACCUUGUUGUGCCAUCUCUCUGCAGAUUUUCUAGUCCUGUCUGUAUUCUCCCAGGGAAUUGUUCCUCACUCAGAAGAUCUGAAGAGAGUCAGAGAGUUUGGGACAAAGUAAUCUUUGAGCAAGUGCAUCCUCUCAGAAGGGCACACAGUCCUGAGGCCUAUUCGACAGGCUGUGCUCCCUGGGGCCCAAAUGAGUUUCGUCUCUUUAUUCCCCCAAAGUUUGAUUUUUGUCUGUUGGACCCUGGUUUUUUUUUAAAGGGGCCUCUGGAUCACUAGGUCCUGUCAGAUUGUGGCGUCAUUUUAAAACAGGAUUGCAGCCUGGGGUUAAAAAAACCAAGGUCUUGGAAUUUGGCACAAACUCGUUCACCCCAACCGUCCACAGUGAGUGUCUGACAGACAGGACUCCCCAAAGAGGGAAUUAAAACCCGAAAUGACAAACUGUCUCUUAAAGACUUGCCAUAAUUUCAGGGUAAUAAUGUCAGAAAUUUAAAAUUGACAUUGGGAGUGUGAGAGAGAGAGAGAGAGACUUGAAAAAGGGAGAGGGGCAGUAGAAAGAGAGGGAGAGAAAAUGAGAAAGAGAGAGAGGUGCAUUUGAGAUGAUCAAAUAUCAGUCAUGUCAGUGACAGUAGGAAUUGCUGAUGCUGAAGUGAGACAGAUUACCUGGUCUUUUGCCUGGGGAAGUUGGAAAUUCAGGCUUGAAAUGGCUGCAAUGAGUGCAGGACAGGAAGAGAGAUGGACAAUGACAGACAGAAGCCGAAAGAGAGAGCCAUAUCUAGGAAUCACACUGACGGCAUAAAAAUCCUCAGAGCGAGGACCUCAGCAAAUAUCCCCAUAGUCUGGUCACUUCUGUGUAUGUUGGGGGUUUUCGGGUCAGAGAAUUUUAGAGGCAACGGUGGGAUCAAUGUUCAACAUUUCAAACUGCACUGAUAACAAUAACAAAGCUUAAAAAAAGUCAAAGAAAACAAGGAAUGAUCAAGCUUUCUGCACUAGAAUUAACAUGUCAAUGUUGAGGGAGAUUCAACAAGGAACCUGUCCUGACAUUAACAUCUCAAAGGGAUAGAGAGCUCUCUGUUGGGGAGGAGACAAUAAAGCCCUCACUGAGAAUAAAUCUGGAGACGAAUGCAUCAGAUUCAUUUAUAAAUCCUGUUUUCCCUUUCUGUAUCGAGGGAGUGAGCAGCUGUCCCUCUGUGCGCGUGUGUGUGCGAGUGUGUGUGGUGAAGGCGGGGGAACAGAGAGAGAGAUUGAGGGGCCGAGAGACAGAGAGAGACAGAGGCAGAAACAGAGAGAAAGAGGGCAAGAGAGUGGGAGGGAGAGACAGAGAGAGGCGUUUGAGUUGAGUUUGUUUCUGGAGCUACAGCAAGCAGUUAACAUGUAAGCAGCAUCGCAAAGGAUAACGGAAUCAGACUAUUGGGCUGGCAGCUGUUAUCUUGUUGGAGUGGGAUCUUGCUUUGCCACAAUUGCUGUAAUGCCAUUGCUGCAGGAAGGGAGUGUUCUACUGAGCAACUUUGUGGGGUUUGUGACGUUUUUGAAAGGACUGUAUUCAAAAUACAAAUUGUUACUGAUAUGUUGCUGAGUGAUUGUCGGUGUCCUGUUGAGACUGGAAUUGUUGGGAACUUGCUGUGCCAUCUCUCCCAAAGAUUCACAAUGCCCUUAAAUGUCUCACUUGCAUUUCCACAAUUCUGCCCUCAAAGCCACUCCCCGCAACAAAAAUAAGGACAGAAUCCCCCUGGCCCCCUCAUACCGUCCGACCAACAUUCACAACCAGUGCACCACCCUCUGUCCGUGCCAGAAUCUGCAAUCUGACCCCACCACCAAAGAGAUAUUUCCCCAUCUGCCUUUCAUAGGGACCACUCACUGCACGACCCUCUCGUCCACUUCACACUCCCCACCAACCCCAACACACCCAACACCUUUCCCUCCAACCGCGGAAGGUGCUACACCUGCCCCUACACCUCCCCUCUCUCCUCUAUCCAAGGCCCCAGACAAACUUUCCAUUCUCUGACAGGGGUUUACCAGUACAUCCUCCAAACUGGUCUACUGGAUCCGUACCCCCGAUGUGACCAGUGAGACCAAGCGCAGACUCUGUGGCCAAUUCAUGGAGCGUCUGUGCUCUGUACACUAUCAUCAACAACACCUUCCAGUUGCCAACCAUUUUAACUCCCCCUCCCACUCUCCUGGUGUCAUGUCCAUCUCAGGCCUCCUCCAGUACCACAGUGACACCACACACAAACUGGAGGAACAACACCUCAAAUUCCACGUCGGGACUCCACAGCCCAAUGGCCUCAAAGUAGAAUUCACUAGUUGUAAAUCUCCCCACCCCUGUCCAACCCUCCCUCUCAUCCCUACCCCCUUGACCUGACACAACCUGUCCAUCUUCGUUCGCAUCUAUCUGUCCUUCCUUUCGCUCUGACACAAUCCCCACUGCCCCCUACCUGCAUUCACCUAACACGAUCCCACAUACCUUCCCCAGCCCAACCCCUUCUCCCUCUAUUUCCCAGCUCCUUUCACCCUUCCCAGUCCUGGUGGGGGGCUGUCAACCUGAAAUGUUGACAUUCCUACUUCUCUGAUGCUGCCGGACCCGCUGUGUUCCUCCUGCCCCACCCUGUAUUGAUUCUGUCUCCAGCAUCUGCUGUUCAUUCUGUCUCCUUUAACUAAUCCUGUCUUGUUCCUCCCAUGGGAAUUGUUGUUCACUCAGAAGAUCCAAAGAGAGAGAGAGAGUGACUUUGGGACAGGGUGAUCUUUGCACAAGAGCAUCCUCCAAGAGGGGGGCCAUAGCUCUGAGGCCUGAGGCCUGUACAACAGGCAACACUCCAUGGUGGCCAUGUGAGCUGUUUAUGGUUAUUACCCCGAGGUUUGUUCUCUUUGUGAGUCCCUGCUUGUUUUUUUUUUAUAUGGGCCACUGGUUAACAGGGUCCUGUUGGAUUGUGGCCUUGUCAUUUUAAAACGGGUUUGAAGCCUGAAAGUAACUGGGACCUUGGGAUUUGACAUUAACACACAAACCUGCAGCUAUGACAGACAGGAGUCCCCCAGAAGAGAAAAUUAAAACCCUAAAUAUGAAACUCUCCUGAAAGACUUGUUCAUGUCAGAGUAAUGUGCGAUGUUUGUGGGGUAGGACAAUAUAACUUGGGAAUGACAUAAGCAAGAGCACAGUUUGGCCAUUUUAAUCCAGUUCACUGAGUAUCUAGGAGGAGGGUCUUUCUCUCCCUCUCUCCUGUCUAGAAUCCUCACCAGCUUUCUUUUGGCUUUUAAACAAUUAAAACAUCCCACAGGUUGAAGGGCUGAACGGUCUUCCCCUGCUCCUAUUUUCUAUGUUUCUAUGUCCAAUGCAUGACUCAUUUUCAUGUCAUACGCUCACAACCAAACAAGGAAAAGGAGCGGACCCAGCACCAAUCUCUGUAGCACACCACUGGUCACAGGUCUCCAAUCUGAAAUGAAACAUUCCACCACCUCCCUCUGUCUUUGACCUUCAAGCCAGAUCUGUAUCCAAAUGGCUAGUUCCUGCUAUAUUCCACAUCAUCUCACCUCACUAACCAGUCUACCAUGCAGGACCUUGUCGAAUGCCUUACUGAACUCCAUGUAGAUCACACCAACUGCUCUGCCUUCAUCAAUCCUCUUUGUUACUUCUUCAAAACACUCAAUCAAGUUAGUGAGAUGCGAUUUCCAUGGACAAAGCCAUACUGACCAACCCGAAUCAGUCCUGGCCUUUCCAAAUACAUCCAAAUCAUGUCCCUCAGGGUUUCCUCCAACAUCGUGCCCACCACUGAUAUCAGGCUCGCUCCUUCUAUAGAUCCCUGGCUUUCCUUUACCAUGUUUCUUCAAUAGUGAGACAAUUUCAGCCAAACUCUGUGGCAUCGAUGAUUUAAACAUAUCACUCUUUAUUUCUCCAAGAUUUCUAGAUUCCAUAUCCUUCUCCACAAUAAAAAACUGAAGCAAACUACUCAUUUCGUACU